CAAAUUCACAAAAUCAACCAAAUUUUAUUACAUAUAAUCUAAUGUUGCCCCCUCAUUCUCCAUUAAGAUUUAAGUCCCACAAAAUUUUAUUAAAUACUUUUUCCAUUUUCUCCCCAUAAUAAAACCGAAGAUCAAUCAAUGGCUAUAAGGCUCUCCCUCUGUUCAGCUCUGCCACUGCCCUUAAGCCAUGGCUCAUCAACUAACAAAGUGCCCAAGAAAAUUAUAUUUUUUAUGUGUUCUAAAAAUGGUAUAUCAGUUAAUCCUCAGAUCAAAUUGUCUCAUCAUGAUCACAAGAAGAACAAGAUAUUUGAGGAUAGGUCAGCUGGUAUUGUUUGCUACAGAAAUGAAAAUGGGGAGAUUACUUGUGAAGGUUAUGAUGAGGGCCCUCGUUUUCACCAGCAAAUAUCAAGAUUUGGAGAUAAUAGAGUUGCUGCAGAAGUGUUGGGUUCAGGUGGGUGAUGACUGAUGAGAGUGAGUUCACAAGGCAGCAGAUCACAAAGGUGUGGCUGGGCACAAGGGAUUUUAACUUUGUAAUAAUUUGGAAAAAUAUAUCUGUUUUUAAAUAAAUAAAAUGUUAUUUGACUUCAGGGUAAAAACUAGUACAGAGCCCGUGCGAUG